UGAUCAGGGGGUGAGAGGACGGGAACGGAGGAGUUGUCCCGGAGCGGGAAGGCCGCCUCGGCUUCCGAUUCUGAUUCCAUCUCUCCUCCACCAAAUCAUUAUCUUCUGCCGAGAGGAGGAGGGGGGGAGGGGAUUAUGCCUUGUCCCCGAGGCCGGGCCCCGAGUGCACAAUGCUGCGUUCCACCGAGUUUUUCCGCAGCAUCGAGUGCCCCUUUUACGGCGGCGGCAGCGGCAGCGGCAGCGGCGAUGGCGGCUCCUGCAACCGGCCUUAUUGUCACUUUCGGCACCGCAGUCAGAAGCCCAGGGAGAAGCCGGAGGGAGACGGGCAGUGUCUAGCAGCUGACCGAGAGCAUGGUUAUGAUCCUUAUAAUCCUGAGCUUCCUAAGGGUUCAUCCAGAAAUGGAGAUGGGAUAUCAAGUGAAUUUACAGAAUCCAGCUCCAGUACGCUGGAAUUGGAACUGGUCAACAAAGCCAUUGAGGUUGUCAAGAAUGAAGUUGAACAAGAGCAGAAAAGGCUUUUGCGAUAUGAGGAUCUUCUGGAUACAAAAGAGGAAUAUGUCCCUUCAGUGCCGUCCACACAGAAGGCAGUUGGCAAGAACAAGAGUUGUACAGAGCAUUUACCUAUUGAGGAUGAAUUGACAAACUCUUUAGAAUAUAAUCCAGAUAGUUAUGGUCUAAAUAGCAAUGUAGAGUACACCCCAACGCCACUUUCAGUUACUGCUUGUUUCAGUAAGUAUACUUUGGACACAGAUGAUGAAGCUGAUGCAAAGGGUAAUUCAUUAAAAUAUGUUCCAACGCUCAUGAAUAAGCCAGUCAAAUAUUCUACCUCUGUACCCAGUAACAAAUAUGUGAUUGACAACACCAAGCCAUGCACUGAUUUAGAGUAUGAUCCUUUGUUGAAUUAUUCAGCAAGGCUAAUGUCUAAAAAAAGGACAAUAAAACCUGGAACCAAGAGGCCCAGAGAGAACAGCUCAGAAGCGUCCUAUACACCUGUAGGAAAGAAGCGUUGCCACCGCUUGAACUCUAAGAUCUGUGAGGAGAUGGAUUCUCAAGACAAAAUUAAUGAUAACUGUCAGCAAAGUCAAGGGGACAUUUCAAAGUUUCAAAAUGCUGUGCUCUGUGACAAUAAGUCUAAUGAAGGAUUUCCUUCAAAUGCUAAAGAUUUAAACGCUAAACGGUCAAUGAAAGAAAUUGCAGUUCAGUAUGAUGUAGAUGAUUGCCGUUUUGAACGUAACCGACAAGAGAAUAGAGAAAAACAAAAGUUGAAGUCCAGCAGACAUUCAUCUAAGAUUUCACGAUCUAAUAAAGACAAACUUAAAGGAAAAGAGCCAAAGGAUAAAAAGAAUAAAGGUGGUGACCUGAAUAGCUCAAAGUUUAAGGCACACAAUGACAAAGUGGGCAGCACAAAAAUUAAACCUUCCCAUCACACAGAGAAGGCUAACAAAAAGGAGAAAAUAAAUUGUGAUAAAGAAAUUAAGCGAGAAAAACAAAGGGAGACAUUGAGACACAAAGAAAGGAAUGGGAAUGACCCCGUUGAUGAAAUCAAACAGAAAGGAAAUGAUAAAAGCAAGACCAAAGAAGAAAAGCAAAAAUUUAAAAAUGGGAAUUCUGAUAGAAAAUUGGAUAAAUCAAAAAUGAGUAAAUCAGAUGAGGUAAGAGGUGAAAACCGAUCAAAAUCAAGGUCAAACAGUUUGUCAGAUAGUGCAGGAAAAGUCAAAUGUCGUGAAGUUAAGAUCACAAGUAUCCAGAAAUCUGAUAAAAAUAAUGGCACCUCAAGAUCCAAAGCAUUGGUGCAUAAAAAUGGGAUUCAUGUUGGUAGCAAAAGGAAAGAGGAGAUCAAAGAAUCAAAAUCUAUGAAAGAUAAGACAAAACAUCCAGAAAAAACAAAAGAGAAAGCAUGCUUAACAAAGCGAACACUCAGUCAUACAGACUUGUUUGGUGAUGACAGUAGUGAUGAUGAAAGUACCAGUAAACCUGUCGCUGCCAUUUGUUGUGAGUUAGAUUCAGACUCUGACCAAGAUCUCUGUGCUAGCAUCAGUUCCAGUGAUAAUGAAAAGGGACAAAGUUGUGUGCAACACUCCAUACCUUCAGAAGAUGAAAUCGAUUUCCCUGGUCUUGAAAAGGAGUUUGAAUUUGAAUCUGAUCCUAUGGAGGAAUGUCUAAGGAUUUUCAAUGAGUCUAAAGAAGUAAAGAAUGAAGAUAAAGGCCGAGUUUCCAAACAGGUGUCUGUCAAAAGUACUGAAGAUAAAGAAUCAAGCCUAACCACACUUUUUCCAGGGCAGAAAAGAAGAAUUUCACACAUUUCAAAGCAAGAAAAUGUAGAGCCAGCCAAGCCAAUCAUCCGUCCUUUUCGUAGACUUACUGCCCAAGAGGUUUGUUACCAACGGAGUUUGAUGGCACAGCAGCAAGCGGCCCAACUGGCAGAAGCGGAAAAAAUUGUUAAUACACCUUUCAGAAACCGAGGAGAGAAGAGACGAAUUGCACAUAAACCAAAAGCAGAUGUUAUACCAUCAGCAAAACAAACUCCAGUAAAAUUGAAGAUGGAAUCUUUAAAUAGAACUGUAGUGUCUCAGAAUUGUCCAAGAAACAACAGCCUCAAUUUAAGCUGUCAAACCACUGCUGGUAUGGCAUCAAAAACUGUAUCUACUACAUCUCAGAAGAGGAUAGCUCAUACUCCCACAUUGAAGUCAAGCCUGAAGAGACCCACAAUUCCAACAGAAUAUGGCUCCAAAGUUCCAACAAAUGUGAGACAGCGAUAUUUGAAUGUUUUCAUUGAUGAGUGUUUGAAAUUCUGUGGAUCUGAAGAAAAAGCCUUUGAAAAGGCUUUAAAUGAAGAGAAGAUUGUGUAUAACCGAAGUACCAGUCGAACCGUAUACUUGAAUGUCGCUGUAAAUACAUUGAAGAAGUUGAGGAGUCAAAGUGAUGCCGUUCCAUCACCUACAAAGAACACUGUAGCUGUAAGAACAAAUAAGAAAGUCCAGUCGCAUGAAGCAUUGCUUGGGGGGAAGUUAGCCACGAAGACAAGUUUCACUCUCAAUAGAUCUGGGAAACAACAGGAUAUUGAACUGACAGGUAUUAUGCUGUACAAGAAGCUGAGUGAGUAUGUUUUGACUGAAGAGCAAUUACAAGAAAAUUGCUACCCAAGGCCACAUCCAGAGAAACCUGGUGUUGCAGUGCUUUAUAAUCAGGAUGAGAGAAAGAAUAACACUGACUCUUUAAUAAGGAUUUGCUGUCGCUGCGGAACUGAAUACAGUGUUUCCGUUAGUGGGGAUUGUAUCCGCAAAGAAGAGUGCAACUACCACUGGGGGCGGUUACGCCGACAAAAAAUACCUGGUGGAUGGGAAACACAGUAUAGUUGCUGUGCAGGAGCAGUAGGAUCUGCAGGAUGUCAGACAGCAAAGCAACAUGUACAGGAUGGCCGUAAAGAAAAAUUAGCUGGUUUCAUGAAGACUUUUGAUAAAGAAAUACCACUAGAUGAAAACCCAGGUGUCUUUGCAUUGGAUUGUGAGAUGUGCUACACCAAACAAGGUUUGGAGUUGACAAGAUUGACUGUUAUCAACCCAGAUCUAAAGGUGGUGUAUGAUACGUUUGUCAAACCAGACAACAAGGUCAUUGAUUAUAACACCAGAUUUUCUGGUGUAACAGAGGAAGAUAUGGAGAGUACAACAAUCACUAUUCGUGAUGUACAGGCAGUAUUACUGAACAUGUUCAGUGCUGCAACCAUAUUAAUUGGGCACAGCUUGGAAAGUGAUUUAUUUGCACUAAAGCUUAUACAUAGCACAGUGAUUGAUACAGCAGUUGUAUUUCCACAUCGACUGGGAUUGCCGUAUAAAAGAGCACUGAAAAAUCUGAUGGCAGACUACCUCAAACGCAUCAUUCAGGAUAAUGUUGAAGGACACGAUUCCAGUGAAGAUGCGUGUGCCUGCAUGGAGCUAAUGCUGUGGCGUUUGAAAGAAGAUGCAAAACUGAGGAGAUGACAUCUCCUGUCUUUUGUCAUGUGUAAAGGACUGAAUGUUGCCAACAAAAGUCAGAAGUAAUAUAAUGUAAUACAGAUGUUAUGACAUGUAAUUAUUUUGCAGAACAAAAGGCAAAGUUUAGGCUGUUAAAAGAUGAUCCAGACUGCCUUUUUUGUUUACAGUAUUUAUUUGUUUUUAUAUGUAUAAAGAUCUUGUCACAAAAUUGCUCCAUACCAGUAAAUGUGCAAUGACCACAUUUAACGUUUCUUUAAAGUGGCAUUCCAAGAAAUACAGUCAUUCUUGCUGAUCAGUAACAAGUAUGUCUGGGUAAGUAUAACUCAAAAAUACAGAACCAGUGAGAUUUUGUAAACAAUCCAAUUGAGGAAAAAUAUUUUGACUAUUGACCCAAAGAUAAAGUGUACUUAACUUUUCUGUUUCAUUUCUUCAGUGUUGUGUAAUGUGAUUUUCAUUGUUGAAUGGAUUAAAAGUCUGAUUCAUUUAUAUGUAAUGCCUGCUGGAUAACUUUUUCACUUUUGUUGCACAUGUCCUUUCAAAGUGAUUUUGUAAAACUGACUUAAUACGUUUAUCUUUCAUGUCUAUAGUUACGUUAUACUUUGGAUAUAGCAAACGUUUGCAUUGUUUUACAGAUAUCAGUUCCUCACUCCUUUCUCAUUCCACUCCAGAACUUAGGACAGACUGGCUGAUUUUGUCUGCUGUUUUCCUGAAGCCUAACCUUGUGCCUCUCCUGCCUUUUAAUUGACCACGUGGGCCCAUAUUGAGACAACUGUAGACCGACCAAGACAUGUUGACUCUCUAAUAUCUAAAUGCACUACUUAACAUGUUACUCCUAAUUAUAUACAGAGAGGUUUAUAUUGCUCAUGUGAUCUCUUUUCUGUCACUGUGUCUUGCUUUCUAUAUUCACAUCAAUUGCUGUGUCACUUAUUAGAAACAACUUCAGUGAACACAUUGUAAAAAUGUGCCACAUCGUUUAGCAUCCAAUAACACAUGAUGUACUC